AUGAAAUUCACUGCGCAAGAGGCAAUCGCAUAUUUGCAGCGGUUUGUGGAGGGGGAGAGCGACCAGAGGUUUUACGUGGCUUCAGAGCCCAGCCCGGCCGCCAAUGCGCGGGCCCUCUCUUUCAUGGAGUCUUGCUGGAACUCGGCGGUGCAAAAAACAAGAGAGGCCACUUCGACAACGUCAGACAGGGCUCCUUCAGCCAGCAAGCAUGCAAAUAACAAGAGCGGCGGUGCGGUUGGAUCCGCACCAGUGGAGCGCCCUCAAUCUUCUUUAGACAAUUUACGGGAAAGAGCUUCAGUUGUGUUUCACGAUAUUCCACCAGUUGCGGCUCAAACAACGAGUUUAAAGAGCCCAGACGAUGCUGGCGGGUUUUUCUCUACAGCGGUUGUGCCUGCAGAACAAGGCACGAGCGGAAGAAUUGGCCGCAACGGUAUCGCAUGGGUCGUUUUGUGA